GAGUUGAAAAGGGGAAAAAACGAGGAAGAAGAAGAAGAAGAAGCCGCCGCCGGCGGCGACCGUUGACAGCCCACACCCACCCGCACUCCCCGCAACUACUCCCCGUCCCCCACCUUCUCCAGAACACGCAUCGGUCUUCUUCCUCCUCCUCCUCGUUUUCCUCGAACAGCUCCACCACCUUUCCCCAGAACCAACCCAAAAAAAGUAAAAAUAAAAAUGGAGCUCCACCUCCUCCUCCUCUGCUCCGACCCGGAUUCCUGAAACCAAGGCUCCCCCGAUGUCGCCGCCGCUCCUCCGCCGCGCCCCCGCCGCGCUCGCCCUCCUCCUCGCCCUCCUCCUCCUCUGCCUCCCGCCGUCGCGGGCCCAGAACAACACCACGGCGGCCGCCACCACCGGCGCCGCCUGCCCCCUCAACUUCACCGUCCUCAGCGACCUCAUCACCCCGUCCUCCCGCCCCCCGAGCGGCUCCUCCACCGCGUGCGGCUACAUCCAACAGGGGCUCCGCCUCGUCCUGUCCAGCUACCUCCAGCUCACCGGCAACUUCCUCCCCCCGCUCAACUCCUCCGAGUCCUGCUGGGAGAAUUACCAGACCCUCAUCGACUCGUUCAUCCCGGGCUUCGACAUCCGCAGCUCCUGCGGCUUCCAGACCUCCUGGAUCUCGGAGGGGUGCAUGAACAUCACCACCCUGUCCCAGUUCGAUGCCGUCGUCCCCAGCUCCGCGCGGAGCGGCGUCGCCACCAGCUGCAACCAGUCGCUCGAGAACAGCUCCCCCUGCGCCGUCUGCACGGUGAGCUUGUCCAACAUCGCGUCCUACUUGAACGGCUCCUCCGUCGGGAAUGUCUCGGACUGCUCCGUCUACCCGACGAUCUAUGCGGCGGCGGUCGCGAAUUACCUCGGGCCCACGGAUAUAGGUACUGCCAAGUGCCUGUUCUCCCUCGAUUUCACGAAUUCGGGGGGCAAGAGUAGGAGGAAGGUGGUGGUGAUACUGGUGGUCUUGAUUGGUUGUGGGUCGGGGGUGGUUGCGGUUUCGGUUGGGUUCUGGUUUUUCAGGAGGAAGCGUGGGAGGUUGAAGAGGAGGAGAAGAGAGAUGGACAGGGGCGAGAGAGGGUUGGGGUUGCGGAGUUUUGAGGAGAGUACCACAGUGGUCAGGUUCGCAUUUGAGGACAUCAAGAAGGCUACUAGGAACUUCUCUAGGGAUUACAUCAUAGGACGAGGUGGAUAUGGAAAUGUUUACCGGGGUUUGUUGCAGGAUGGCACUGAAGUCGCGUUGAAGAGGUUCAAAAAUUGCUCUGCUGCAGGGGAUGCAAACUUCGCUCAUGAAGUCGAGGUCAUUGCCAGCGUAAGGCACGUGAAUCUGGUCGCUCUUCGAGGGUAUUGUAUUGCCACGACACAGUACGAGGGUCACCAGAGGAUCAUUGUGUGUGAUCUGAUGAGAAAUGGAAGUUUGCAUGACCAUUUGUUUGGGUCGACCGAGAUAAAGCUCAGUUGGCCUACUCGUCAAAGGGUUGCGCUCGGAACGGCCAGGGGGUUAGCUUAUUUGCAUUACGGGGCACAACCUGGAAUCAUACAUAGGGAUAUUAAGGCAAGUAAUAUACUUUUGGAUGAGAAGUUUGAGUCCAAGGUGGCUGAUUUUGGUCUUGCAAAGUUUACAGAAGAGGGUAUGACACAUAUGAGCACUAGGGUUGCCGGCACAAUGGGGUAUGUAGCACCCGAGUAUGCAUUGUAUGGGCAGUUGACGGAGAGAAGUGAUGUUUAUAGCUUCGGUGUCGUGCUUCUUGAGCUUUUGAGUGGGAAAAAAGCACUCUCCGGUAAUAAUGAUAGUCAACCUUCUCUCAUCGCCGACUGGGCUUGGUCCUUAGUGAGGGAAGGGAGAGCUUUAGAUGUUAUUGAAGAUAAUAUGCCGGAGUUAGGGUCACCAGAGCUUAUGGAACAGUAUGUAUUGGUUGCAGUGCUUUGUUCUCAUCCUCAACUAUAUGCUAGGCCGACAAUGGAUCAGGUUGUGAAGAUGUUGGAAACAGAGUUAUCAGUUCCUUCUAUUCCGGAACGACCAAUUCCUAUAGUGGCAGAUAUGGAUGACAUUGAGAGAUCAUUCAGCAGUAUGGGCUCGGGUCAGUUAUCUACUCCCCGGGGCUUCCAGUCGUAUAAAAUGGAAAGUGAGUCCGCUUCUGACAAUAUAGGAACAAGUUCAAGUACCGGUAAAUAAGUGCCAGUCCAUACCUGCCUUCAAAACUGCAUGCACUCCAGACCAUAAGGAAGAAGGAACAAGUUCAAGCACCAGUAAAUGAAUGCCACGGUCUAAAUCUCGAUUUGAAAUUGAAUGAUCCUCUAACCGUAAGGAAGAAGGAAAGCGUCCAGUAAAUGAGGGCCAGAGUCUAUAUAUCUUUCCACACUGGAGGAUGAUUGAGCCUUGCAUAGAGAUGACGCUCCGCUAAAUUCAUGAGCUCUUACUGACCUCUCUGUGAGUUGGAUUGGUUCCCACAUGUAGAGAUAAGUAGAUGAAUGUCUUAGGCAGUUCCACACUCUCUUUUUGUGAGAAAAAUAGAGAAUAAUUAUUAUUCUUUCUUCUUUCUUUAGUUUGUUCCACACUUCAUUUGAAAUUUUAGUACCUUGUACAUUCUAUUCCUGUCCAUCGUUUUUUGGUUAAGAAAUCCAAAUUUAAGAUUCAAGGCAGCUGGAAUUCAUGGUUCUGUGAAGUCGUUUUCCAAUGGGAAGCACUGAUGUUUGAUUUAGUAUCUAGAGAACCAGCUGGUGACACAAUUGUACUAUGCUUCUUUAACCAUGUUUAAAUAAAAAGUUCUGAUUCAUUCA